GUGCGUGCGUGCGUACGUGCGUGCGCGCGCGCGCGCGGCCUGGCGGGGACUCGGAGCGGCGGCGCACGGAGCGGCGGCGGCGGGAGCAGCGGCAACAGCGGCGGAGCCCGAGCAGCUAGAGGCGGGGCCCAGUGUUCCCGGGGGCUCCACAGUCGCCAUCACGGAUUUCCUGUGGGAUAAGCGCACCGGGCUGGCUGCGAGGACGAUGCCUCACUCUCGGAGGUACCGCUCGUCGGAGCGCAGCAGCCGGGGCAGCUACCACGAGCGCUACAGAAGUCGCAAGCACAAGAGACGGCGGACACGGUCACGAUCGAGCAGCAGCGAGCGUGACCGUCGGCACCGUCGGGAAGACAGUUACCACGUUCGAUCCAGGAGCUACGAUGACCACUCAACUGACCGAAGGGCCUACGACCGGCGUUACUGUGACAGCUAUCGGAGGAACGAUUACAGCCGCGAGCGAGGGGAAGCCUACUAUGAACCUGACUACCAUCAUUCCUACGAAUACCGGCGCUCCCGGGACCGUGAGGGCAGCUACCGGAGCUGCAAAAGCAGCCGGCGUAAGCACAGGCGGAGGCGGCGCCGCAGCCGGUCCUUUAGUCGCUCCUCAUCGCAGCGGAGUCGACAGAGCAGCAGAAGGGCCAAGAGUGUGGAGGACGACGACGAGGGGCAUCUGAUCUAUCGCGUCGGCGACUGGCUACAAGAAAGAUAUGAGAUUAUUAGCACCUUAGGGGAAGGCACGUUCGGCAGAGUGGUGCAGUGCAUCGAUCACCGGAGGGGUGGUGCACGUGUCGCUCUCAAAAUCAUUAAAAACGUCGAGAAAUACAAAGAGGCUGCUCGACUGGAGAUUAAUGUGCUAGAGAAAAUCAACGAGAAGGACCCGGAGAAUACAAAUCUGUGUGUCAGGAUGUUUGACUGGUUUGACUACCACGGCCACAUGUGCAUCUCCUUCGAGCUGCUGGGGCUCAGCACCUUUGAUUUCCUGAAGGACAACAACUACCUGCCUUACCCCAUCCACCAAGUGCGGCACAUGGCCUACCAAGUGUGCCAGGCCGUGAAAUUUCUGCACGACAAUAAACUCACUCACACGGACCUCAAGCCGGAGAACAUCCUCUUUGUCAACUCUGACUAUGAGCUCUCCUACAACCUGGAGAAGAAACGGGAUGAGCGGAGUGUGAAGAGCACAUCCAUCAGAGUGGUGGACUUUGGCAGUGCCACGUUUGAUCACGAGCAUCACAGCACAAUUGUCUCCACCAGGCAUUACCGGGCCCCAGAAGUCAUCCUAGAGCUCGGCUGGAGCCAGCCCUGUGAUGUGUGGAGCAUCGGCUGCAUCAUCUUUGAGUAUUAUGUGGGUUUCACCCUGUUCCAGACACAUGACAACCGGGAGCACCUGGCCAUGAUGGAGAGGAUCUUGGGGCCAAUUCCUUCUCGGAUGAUCCGGAAGACGAGGAAACAGAAGUAUUUCUACCAUGGCCGCCUGGACUGGGACGAGAACACCUCUGCUGGCCGCUAUGUUAGGGAAAACUGCAAACCACUGCGGGACCCCGCGAUGCUGCAGCCCCACUCGAACCCUGAUCCCACCACGUUGGACGCCUACAACCCCUUUGGGAAUGGCCCGCCGCCACCGUACCAGGCUCCGCCACCGGCCCCCGCACCCCCGCGGAAAGCCAGCCCCACUGAGCCCCGCAACUACGGCUCCUAUGGCACGCAGGCCUCGGCAGCUGCCGCCACGGCAGAGCUGCUGAAGCGGCAGGAGGAGCUGAACCGGAAAGCAGAGGAGCUGGACCGAAGGGAACGGGAGCUGCAGAAUGCGGCCCUUGGCGGUUCGGCGAGGCCCAACAACUGGCCCCCGCUGCCGUCCUUCUGCCCCGUGAAGCCUUGCUUCUACCAGGAUAUCCCUGUGGAAAUCCCUGCCGACUUCCAGAAGACGGUUUCUACCAUGUAUUACCUCUGGAUGGCCAGCACCAUUGCGCUCUUCCUGAACUUCUUGUCCUCGCUGGCCUGGUUCUGUGUGGAACCCUCGUCUGGUUCUGGGUUUGGCCUCUCCAUUCUCUGGGCUCUCCUUUACACACCCUGCUCCUUUGUCUGCUGGUAUAGGCCCAUGUACAAAGCUUUCAGGAGCGACAGUUCCUUCAACUUCUUUGUCUUCUUCUUCGUCUUCUUUGCCCAGAACGUGAUGUACGUGCUGCAGGCAAUUGGAAUUCCAAACUGGGGCUUCUGUGGCUGGAUAUUGAGCCUGAUAGCGCUGCGCCAGAACACAGCUGUGGCUGUAAUGAUGAUCCUAGUGUCCUUGGUCUUCACUGCAGUGGCUGUGUUGGGCAUUAUUAUGCUGAAAAAGAUCCACUCUCUGUACCGCCGGACAGGCGCCAGCUUCCAGAAAGCACAGGAGGAAUUUGCUGCAGGGGUGUUCUCCAACCAAGCUGUGCGCACCGCAGCGGCCAACGCUGCCGCCGGUGCUGCCACCAAUGCCUUCCGGGCACCAUAGCCGGGAGGGAGCCCCGGCUUCUCCUCGCACAUGGGCUCUUUCUAAGGAAGAGGAAAUCCAAAUUGCACUUUCAUUGGAUCCCCGUGUGUCUGCAUCAGCUGUCAGAGGCUGCCUCAUCCCAGCUUGGAAGUGCUGGUGCCGGAAUCGUCAGCUGCUCUAACCCCUUUCCUCGCAGAUGGAGGUCGUUCUGGUUUGUGCUGGUCCCCCUCCCUCAGCAGACUAGGAGAUGCUGUGGCCGACCCCUGGUGUCUUCCAGCACCGGAGUCUCCUCCAGACAUGUGACAGGGACCGAAACAGCUGCUUGUCUCGCCAGGGUGCUCCCGUUUCCCUGCCUGGUGAUCCACUUGUGCACCCUGGGGUACAAAAAGUUCCCCGUGUGCCCAGUCCCAGGGCAUGAAGGGGCUGGCUCUUCCCUGGAGGCUUUUCCCUGCUUUCCCUUUGAUGUGACACCUGGUUCUCUGCCAAGAAUAUCAUCCCAGUCUUCCCCUCUGGGCUUGCUUGGUUGUAGUGGGGCUGGUUCUGUCCCCAGGGUGCUGAGGGGGUACGGUGCCCCUCCAGUCCCUCUCCUCAUCCUCUCCUUCUCACCUUUGCUGGGCUGAGGGGGCUUCAUGCGCAGGGAGAGGGAGAAUGUGGCUGGGACAGACAGUGGUAGGGCUUUUGGUGCCUUCAGCCUGUGCCCAACCACCACAAUCUGGGAUUGGCAUGCUGUGUCCCCUCUGGCAGGACUGGAUGCCAAGGAGGAGCUCCUGUCCUGGUGCCUCCUCACCUCCGUCGAGCAGGCAAAGGACUUCUCCCUUCCCCUCCUCUGCUGCCCUGGGGUCAAGGAUUGCUUGCUCUGCCCCCAGCUCUCUUCACCCUGAGACUGCCUGUCCUAGCACCGUUCACCCCCCUCCCUUUCCCGGGAAGAGCCCAUCCCUGUGUGCAGCGCUGCCUGGUUCCUGCCCUCUGUCCCUACUGGUCCCCAGUGUCCCCCAUCCCCGAUGUCAGUCUCCUUGGUUAUCCCUGGACCUGGCCCCACUGCUGUGGGUCCCGUGAGUUGUGCUUUGCCCCAUCUCCUCUUCGAUGCUCCUGGGCUGGUGAGGGGCUUCGUGCCUUCAUCCGUGGGGGCCAGUGCAUGCAGCUGAUCCCCCACAGCCAGGGAUGGCUUGGGCCUGUCCUGCUGGGGUGGGACUGGUGCUGGGUGACAGUGGUGGUCCCAGCUCUGGCCACUGCGGUCCAUGCUCUGACCAUGGUGGUCACUGCUGUGGCUGCGAUGGUCCAUUGCUUGGACACGGUGGUCCAUGCUCCAGAUGCAGUGGUCCCAGCUCUGGCUGUGGUGAUCCAUGCCCUGGGUGUGGUGGUCCCAGCUCUGGACACUAUGGUCUGUGCUCCAGCUGUUGUGGUCCAUGCUCUGAUUUCGAUCCCUGCUCCCGCCACGGUCCCACGUGUUGCUGUCCCCAAUGCCAAGCCG